AUGGUCAGGAGUUUUGAGGUGACUCUGCCCCUAGCUAAAGUUCCUACUUCCAUUGUUACUGAAGCUCCUGCUUCCUUUGCUCCUGAGCUACCUGAAGCUACUUCUGAUGCUCUUGCUUCUUCUACUCCUGAGGUGCCUAAGCUUCCUGAAGCCACUUCUGACCCUGCUGUAGGGACUUAG